AUGAAGAAGCUUUUGAAGGAUGGUCGAAGGCCAGAAGAUGUGAAUGACGUGCUUGGGCUACGGGUGGUGUUGAAUCCUAAGCAUGGAAGUAAUGCAUUAGAAGAUGGAGAAAGAGCAUGCUACAGGGCUCAUAAGAUCAUUCAAUCUAUGUGGAAAGAAAUCCCUUCUCGGACUAAAGAUUAUAUUGCUAGGCCAAAAGGGAAUGGAUACAAAAGUUUGCAUAUGGCGGUGGAUGUAAGCGACAUUGGGAGGACUAGACCCUUGAUGGAAAUACAGAUAAGAACAACCGAAAUGGAUAGGUUAGCUGUUGGUGGAGUGGCAUCUCAUUCGUUAUACAAGGCUGGUCUUACUGAUCCCGAGGAGGCAAAGCGUCUGAAGACCAUCAUGGUUGCUGCAGCUGAACUGGCUGCUUUGCGCCUAAAAGAUUUUCCAAGUGCAAAUCAUAAAGGGACCGGGUUUGAUCAGAGGGAUAGAGUAUUUCGCCUUCUUGACAAGAAUGGAGACGGUAAAAUAAGCAUUGAGGAACUUACAGAGGUGAUAGAGGAGCUUGGUGCACCAGGAGAAGAUGCACACGACAUGAUGCUGCUCCUUGACUCAAACAGUGAUGGCUCUCUCAGCUCUGAUGAAUUCCAUACGUUCCAAAAACAGGUUGAGAUGGUGCGAAAUUUAGAGGACAGAGAUGACGAGUACAAGAAAAUACUGGAUGAGAAGCUUCAUAUGGCAGAUGAAAGUGGUUUAAUUCAGGUUUUUAAUAAGGAGUUUGGAAACAGGCUUGUGAGUCAAUGA